CUUACUUGUUGGCUAAGCACUUGUGUGACUCAUGGCGCAACACACUUGUUUGGAAGUCAAUCGCGGGAAAAAGCGCCCCGCAGAGAACGAGCCCGAAGGGGACCAACCUUUGGCUAAAAGAUUUGGACAGUUGCACAUCAAUUCUAUAACAUCCAGCAACAUGCUUAGUAAUCAUGAUAGCCUUCCUGCAUCUGAGAUGAUGUUGUUGGAUGAUACAAAGCACACAGUUUAUAUACAUGAUCUGGCUAAGGAGUUGGCCAAUUCUGAGCCAACAGACUAUUCCGUUGAAAUCCUACCAGGAAUUAUGGAUGACAUUGUAACAAUUCCGCAACUUUUGGUGACAAGGCCUGAGCCUCAGUGCAAAGAUCUUGUCCUUUACACAGAACCUUCAUCAUUGUUGGUUCCAAGGGUGGAGGGGGGUAUGCAGAAAGCUGUAAUGGCUACGAGGGAGUAUGAUGGGGAAUCUCAAUAUACACGCUGUAGCUCGCUUCAAAGCAGGCACAGCUAUCCAGCUGUAAUUGGGGACAAGGACACCAGUGAUAUGAUUCAGGGCUUGAAUAAUGGUGGUGGUGACGUGAUGGAAGUUGAUGUCAAUUGCUAAGUUAUGAAACAAAUACUUCCACUGUCUUCGUCUAACUUUCAUCCUUUAUUGUUCAAUAUGGUAUUGUCAGGGAUAUUCAGCAAGCCAAUCCAUCCACAUAUCUUUA